UCAAUAUUUUUAAGAGUGAGUUUUUCCUCAGAAAAUCGCGCAGGCAGCCGUGUAAGCGGCCAACUGCACCGCGUCACCGAGGUGUGUCUCAAAUGGCUUCCUGCUCCCUAUGUAGUGCACUAAGUAGGUCUUGAAACAUCGAGGUAUGGUGCAUCAUCUGCCUUCGAAAAAGCUGUUCGGGGUACUACGGCAACCGAAUUGCUACAUGAGUUGACAUUUAGUGCGCAUUUAGGCGUAGAAAAUCACAUUUUCGCGACUUAUGUAGUGCACCUAUAUAGGGAGUACGGAUUGAUUAGGGAUUCAGCCUAAGUCACUAAGGUCGCCCUGUAAAAACCCACAGGCGCCAUUUUGGCUCAAACUAACUCGGGGUUGCACUUCUUUCUAAGGCAAAUAUUGUGUACAUUUACGCGGGCGGGCCGGUUACCUGGCUCAAAAACAUUUUUAACGACUUACAUAUUUCUACUGGCUGUUUUAUUCGACCGAAAAGCUCCCGUGAGACGUACAGCUUGUUCAUUGGCUUGCUAGCGUAGCUACGUGUCCGCCGUAGUGGCGCUAGCUGCCAAGCUAACGUUAGUUUGGAUAUAAGUAAACCGCCAUGGGUGGAUGUUCUGCUCCAAACUGCUCCAACUCUACGACCAUCGGAAAGCAGCUAUUUCGCUUCCCGAAAGAUCCAGUGCGGAUGAGAAAGUGGCUCGUAAACUGUCGCCGGGACUUUGUGCCGACCCCCUGCUCCAGACUGUGUCAGGAUCAUUUUGAGGAGAGCCAGUUUGAAGAAAUCGCCCGUUCGCCAGCAGGGGGGAGGAAACUGAAGCCCAAUGCGAUCCCCACACUGUUCAAUGUCCCAGACCCACCCUCACCCAUCACUCCUCAUGUGGUUCUCCCAGUUAAACAUGAAGCAGAGAAGGAUUUGAACGUCGGGGACCAUGGCUAUGCCCGCCGGCAGCCACGAGUGGACCCAGAGGAAGAAGAAAGGCAGAGAGCGGAGGAGGAACGGCCGUGCUCUCUGUGCCAGCAUUACAAAAGUCAGCUGGAGCAGCAGCAGCAGCACACCGCCCGGCUCCAGAGAGAGGCGGAGGAGAUGAAGAAACGUCUGCACAAGCUGAGCAAGAUGGAGAAAGGACUGCAGAUGUUUCUAUAUGAGGACCAAAUCCGGGCCCUGACCCUGGCCAAGCGCUCGCGGCGGGCCGUGUGGUCACACGACACAGUUCUGACCGCCCGCAAGAUCCGCUGUGCCGUCGGAGUCAAAGGAUAUGAAUUCCUGCGAGAACUGGGCUACCCUCUGCCCUCGUACAGGACGCUGUGUAACCGCCUGGAGCCUAAAAUGAUGAUGACUACAAGCAUGCAGGAGGAUCUUGCAGAACUUGGCUUGGGCAUCAUAACAGCGUGUAAUAGCCCUGAAGGCAACGGGACAAGCGAUGAAGGACUGAUUGGAAUUAUGACCUAAGACUCACUUCUUGUUCAGAUUCGUGUGUGUGGUCAAAUGUGUGAAUGUGUUUUCUAUUUCUGAUGGAGGAUAAUGCAAACUGCCACGUCAACUGAGGUCCGAGCUAUAGCAGCAGCCGUCUGCACCGUAAGAAAUAUUAUGUUUAAUCAAGUUAGAUUCAUUUCUAAGUUCUCAAAGAUCUCUCAAAGCAGCCUAACAGUGGAUAGAGGUGUAGUAUGCCGUCGUUGUUUAUUUAAUGGAAAAGUGUUCAUUUUGUCUGAAGGUAAUAUUUUACCAUUCUUUAUUGCGACAUUGUUCAAAUCAUGAACUUCAUGAAAGGCUUAAGGGUCCUAAAUUGGUGCUGUUUUAGUACCAGAUUGCAGAAGCUAAACAAGAAGAAUCUACUGUAUGAGCUGACAUUAUGACCAAAGUCCUAAAAAGGAACUUCACUUGUGAAAUGUGAUGCAAACCAGGACAUGUUAUCUUUUCCUUGUGACUAAUUAAGUGUGGCAUACUGCUGUGAGUUUACUGUGGUGGUUCGGCCAAAGAUCUUGUAAAAAUGUACACAGUUUUUUCCCUUAGUCCAGAUUGAGUUGACAUGCUGUUUAGGGAUGCACCGAAUUUUCAGGCAGUGAAACAUUUUGGCCAAAAUUGGUAAAAACAGGCACUUUCAGGU